AACCCGGAUGUAGAAUUUGUACGAUGCUCUUCCCCCAUUUUAAUAUUUUAUUUGACAUUGUUGCUAACUGUGUCAAAAAUAGAACACGUAGUCAUUUUAUGGCACGCUUGAACCGGUCUAGACCGGGAUAGACAGAAGUGUCGCGUGAACUGUCACAGCUGACAGCAGUGGUAGCCUACUGAAGCUUGGCAGUACUAAAAUAUAACUCGGAGGACCUGUCAUCUGUCAAAGUGGCGUCUAGAAUGGACUUCCGCGGUAGAAAAUAUGAGAGGGGCAGCAACUGGUCCGACCCAGAGGUGGCCGAACUUCUCCAGCUGUGGUCAGAUGAGUCGGUCCAACUCGAGCUGGAAAGUUGCCUCCGAAAUCAACAUGUAUUUAACCGAAUAGCGGACGUCCUGCGGGAGAACGGCAUCUAUCGCACUGGCGACCAGUGCAGGGAGAAGAUAAAAAAGAUGAAGCUGGAAUACCGCCGCAUCAAGGACAACCACAGGAUGAUACGCGGCGGGAGGUCAUGGAAGUUUUAUGAUGUUAUGGACCGGGUCUUAACGAACCGACCGGCCAUAGCCUACUCCUCAUUGGGCGGUGCCGUUAUAGCCCACCAGGUCCUCCAGAGCCCCCCUAGUGGGGCAGACGCAUACCUCCAUGGUCUGCCAGGUGGUGCCUUUGGUUCCGCUGCUUCGGGCGGGUUCUUGUUUGGUCAUCCACCCAAGCCGGGGGAGCUGCUGGAGAUCAAAUGCGAGCAUACAGAGUCCGAGGACGGAUUGCUGAACUCCGAUGCUGCUCCCCCAGAGCUGCUGUACCAUAUCGAGUCUGGAGAUGAGCAUGACACUGAUGGAAAGUCUGCCGGGCUGGACCAAGAGGAUACGGUCGAGAUGGCUCGAGGAGAACGCACGACGAGCGCGCGAUUCUCUCCUUCAGGUUUCAGUGAUCAGAACCAGGCUGGGUCCUCAGGCACAGGGGCCUCCAUUGCUGGUCCUGAUGGCCGUGACACAGGGAACCAGCUUGACCCAGAUGCUUCCCGACCUGCAGCCCCUGUGAGGCAGAGGAAGCGUCGGCGUGCAGGUAGAGGGGCCGGUGGGGGUGGAGGGGGUCGAUGUGGGGGCCGGGGGCCCCUGGACGAGGCCCUGGUCAGCUUCCUGAGCUGGCAGCGGUCUGCAGAGGAGCGGCUCAUCUCCCUGGAGGAGGCACGGCUGGAGAGGGAGGCGCAGGCAGAGGAGAGGCGGGAGCAGCAGGAGGAGAGGAGGGCGGAGCAGGAGAGACAGCAUGAGCUCCGUCUGUUCAGCAUGUUCACUGGGGCCCUGGCCGCUGUCAGACAGACUGCCCCUACUGCUCCACCGUUUGCUCCUACUUUCUCUACUGACUCAACUGUACCCUCUGCCACUUCUGGACACACCACUAUACUUAAUGCCCUAUCUGCCCCAGCUACUUCGUCUGUCCCAUUUGGCUGUCCUGCCCCAACUACAGAACCACCACCAUCCAUCCCAGCCCGUUGCCUCACUAAACCUAAGAGCAUACUGGCCACACUAAGUGGUGCAGAGACCCCUGGCCACAGUGUCUACCUGUCUCGCCGUGGCAACUCCAUUAGACAGCACCAGGGAGUUCUACAGGAGGGCUACACCCAGUACCACGCUGACAAAUACGAGCACACUGACAACCCCAAUGGCAUCAUCAACAUGGGCACCAGUGAGAACAAGCUGUGCUAUGAUCUGCUUCACAAACGGAUGACCCAGCCUGACAUGCUUCAUAUCGACCCAGCCUUGCUGCAGUAUCCUGACUGGAAAGGCCACCGCUUUCUGAGAGAAGAGGUGUCCAGGUUCCUGUCCCACUACUGUGGUUCGCCCAGCCCACUGAGAGCAGACAAUGUUGUUGUGAUGAAUGGCUGUGGUUCCCUCUUCUCAUCCAUAGCCGCAGUGCUUUGUGACCCGGAAGAUGCAAUCCUUAUUCCAACCCCAUUCUAUGGAGUGAUCACUGAGGAUGUGCAUCUCUACAGCGGUGUUCGGCUCUUCCAUGUUCACCUCGACUGUGAACCUAGUGACAGUGGCAGUCGGCCUUUCCACCUUACUGUGGACAAACUGGAGGAAGCUAUGAGGAAGGCAACUAGCGAGGGGGUGACCGUGCGGGCCGUGGUCCUGGUGAACCCCCAUAACCCCCUGGCUGAGGUCUACUCCCCUCAGGAGAUGACUGGCUUUCUGGAGUUUGCCAAGAGGCAUAAGUUGCAUGCCAUUGUAGAUGAGGUGUACAUGCUGACGGUGUUUGAAGACACCUUCCACAGCGUCCUCAGCAUGGACAGCCUGCCGGACCCCCAGAGAACACAUGUGAUGUGGGGAAUCAGCAAGGACUUUGCGAUGGCAGGAGUGCGUGUGGGCACUGUGUACUCUGAUAACAGGGACUUGGUGGAAGCUCUGGAUAAACUGGGGACGUUCCAUGGUGUCCCUGGUCCCAUACAGCACCAGAUGGCAACGCUACUCCAGGACAAAGAUUGGAUCGAUGGGAAGUUUCUUCCAGAGAACAGGCUGAGAAUGCAGGCAGCUCACAGGUACAUGACAGGGGAGCUACAGAGCCUGGGAGUCCCCUACCUCCACCGGCCUGCAGGCUUCUACAUCUGGGCUGACCUCAGGAAGUACCUGCAUGAGCCGUCAUUUGCGGAGGAACUGUCCCUGUGGAGGUGUUUCCUCAGACACAAGGUGGUGCUGAGCUGUGGCCAAGCCUUCCACUGCUCCACCCCCGGCUGGUUCCGCAUUGUCUUCACCGACCGACAGCAACACCUUACGCUCGGCAUGCAGAGGAUCAGGAAGGCCUUGGAGGAGAUAGAUGGGGCCACAUCCACCCCUGACACGGGCACAACGAAAGAGGCCACAGAGGAGAAAGGGACAGAGAAGACAACACAGGGGGACACAACACACACACACAAACCUCUGACUGAUAAGUCAACAUCCUUGUCCAAGAACACAUCAUCAGAAGAGCCAGAGGAGAAGGAUAAUCCCACCCCUGAUGCCAUCCCAUUGGUCAGUGAAGACUUUGUCCUGCUCGACUGCCAGACGUCCCACCCCACAGAGAGUCUGGACUCCCUGAUUGGUGCCCUGAGGCAACAGAUCCACACAUCUGACUGGCUGGAGAAGAACACUCCGGAACUGUCUGCUGGGGAGGACCCAGAGCUGCUGGAUGUGUUCAAAGACCUGCUGGACAGAGCCAGGAAGUAGAGGAGAGGAGGGGAUGGAGAGGAGGGGAUGGAGAGGAGGGGAGGAGAG